AACAAGUGAGUAUUGUCUUGCUGUAAUGGAUCAGCUGCGGCGAGUGGAGAAUUAGCUUCACGUGAAAGUGGAAGAAGUUUCAAAAAAUUCCGAUUAUCCAGUUGAGUUUUAAUCGACAUCGCUAGAUGAGUCACUGUUGCUGACGUAAUUUAAACUGAGACAAGUAACCGACAAAGUAGCGAGAAGUUACGUUAACGUGUCUCUGGUCUUAUAACGAGGGUUCAACUCUGCCCUCACCUCAGCUAACUAGAACAACCUGUUCCUAUUCGAUUCAGCCAUGGACGCGGUUGUAAAAUUCACAAGUCAAAGUCAGGGCAGGGACCGUAUAUUCAGAGCAACCCAAUAUGCAUGUGCACUGUCGAAAUAUUUACUCCAAAACAACGCAGACAGAAAGGAUCUUGUGGCAAAACUUAAAAGUCUGGAAACCAACAUGAGUGCUGGACGAAAAUUGUUCAGGCUGGGAAACACAAUAAAUUCCAUUGAGGCUGCUAAGCGAACCAUGCAACUCUCUGACCGAGUGCUGUGCCUGUGCCUCACUGUGGCCAACAUCAACCGCGCCCUCUACUUUAUCUGUGACAAUGUACUUUGGGCCAGAAGUGUUGGUCUUAUUCGCAAUAUCGACAAGGAACGUUGGAGCCUAAAUGCCUCUCGCUGCUACUUCCUCUCGCUAGUUAUGAAUCUGAUCAGGGACGUUUAUGUAGUCCUCCAGUUAAUGAUGCAGAGAGCAAGAGAUAAGCACUUUAGGCAGAAAAUGGAUCAGCAUAUCAGUGAGUGUCCUGAAGUGGCUGAAGUUGUCAUUCCUCAGCUGGAUGCUUUCCUCUUUCUGCUGUUGGAGAGCCUAAAAUCACACCCGGCUGUUGCCUUGGAUACACUGAAAAACUUUUGCGAUCUCUUCAUUCCCUUAGACAGGUUGGGUAUUUACCAGUCAAAUGCAGGAGUGGUUGGAUUUUGUGGUCUCAUAUCCUCACUGAUUGGAAUUGUGACCCUUGUACAACCCAAGCUGAGAAUCAAACCAUGAUAAUGAAGGCGGAGAUAAACCUUACUGACUAAUUGCAGGUCAGAAGGUUAGUUAUGACAUGUGUUACAUGAUUUCAUGUCAUCUAGUUGGAGCUGUAACGGUGAACUGAGGUUAACCUGUUGCACAAUGAGAUUAAGAAAUAGACCAAGGGCACAUUUUGUAACAUUUGUUUUAGAAUGACACUUUGUUUACCACCAAAUUCAAGCCAGCAAUAACUGAAGGGCUUGCAAGUUUUUAAUAACAUUUAAAACACAGGUUUAAAAGGGACAGGACAUAGUAUCCUUGUUUGUUUAUUUUCUUCAUUCUAAAGAGCCAAGGCUAAACGUUUGUGCAUGCCUCUCUUCUCCAACACAACAAACACCAGCAGUUUUAUAACUACUUGCAAAAUAAGGGCUUCUUACUGAUGCAGGCUUUUUCAUCUGGUUUUUCAGCUAUUUUUUAGAAGCACUAUAGUAUUAAUCAUGGUGGCACUGUCACUCUUAGUCCACUGUCUUUCUCUGCCCUCUGUUUUGUGAUAUUUGAGUUUUACCUUACCAAGCAAUGACUAAGCUGCUUCUCAGCCAAAGGUGCUCCUAGAGGGGAUAAAGUAGCAAGAUUCACUAGAAAGAUUUAAGGGAAUUAUUUCAACUGUUAUUUAUUUUUUCACUCUGCCAUUCAACGCAUGGCCUGGACCUUUGCUGUCAACUGAUUAACCUACUUUAAUUUUAAAACGUACAUGUUUCUAUGUAAAUGGUGUGAACAAUCAUAAAGUACCAGAGAGGUGAUCACUGAAAAACAUUUUGGCUCAGCUUAGAAAUGGAGUAACACUGCCCUCUUGGGGACACAUGACACAAUGCUGAAUUGAGAAGAGCUUUAUUUUUCAAUUUUACUGAGACAAUGAUACAAUUUUUUCUGGAAGCUGUUCUCAAUGAGGAUGACCUUGUGAUAAAGCAUCCACGAUCAAAAAUUGCAAAAAUAUAUUCCAUUUCCCUUUCACCAUACUUGUUGAGUUUUGCUGUGAAAAGACUGAAGAGACUAUGCAAAGAAGAAUCCCAUAAAAGAACAAACACAUACAAAGCAAUAAAUAAAGAAAUUUGUUCUAAUAGGUGGAUCAAUUACAGUGAUUUAUAAUUGACAAAAUGUUCAAUUUCACAUUUCCAUGGAGGCAUUGUUUUUCCAGUACCAAUAUAUCAAUUAAGCACACCUGUACGAUGAAAUAUGUGGAGACAGUGCUGGGCUGGAAGUACAAAUUAAAACAAAAACCAGGCCAUUCUUUGAAAAAUACAUGUAGACAAAUAGCUAACAUUAGAUGCGGUUUAAUCGGUGUCCUUGAAAACCUUGCAUUUUUAAAAUGCUAAAUUGACUGGAAAAAAUGUUCUAAUUAAAUACGAUAUAAUGUCAGUGCCAACACACUAUACAUUUUACAAGGCAUUUGAUAUCAACUUAAUCUAAAAAUGUUGAACAAAGCACUUUGAACAGUGGCAACAGUGUGAAACUACAUGUGUAAAUACUGCUGGCCCGUGUUUUUUUUUUUUUCUUCUUUUUUUUCUCUUCCAGAAUACCAAUGGUACACUGUUGCCCAUAAAGUUGGAAUAAAAUAUUUUUUAUCUCUUCUCAUGAAAUGAUUGUGACAAUGUCUAUAUAUUUUUGAUAGAUAUAGUGUAUAUCUUCUCAAAACAAAAUUGGUAACUGGGACUCAGUAUGUAAUCAUUGCCCCUGGUCAAAGGUGAUUACUGAUGUGUAUAAAUAGUAAUAAAAAGAGGAAUGUGUCUGAAAAAAUUAUUCCAACUUUAUGGGCAACAGUGUAGUUACACGCAGAGUGGCUCUGCUUUAUGAAUGAAAAGGCACCUUCAGUAGUUAGCUCCUGCAACAGUAAAAAACAAACAUCACAGUUAGCACUUGAGAAGACCCUUUCAUCAAGGGUCUGGUUUCCAAAACAAAAAACAAAAAAACAAAGUUAAAACAAAUGGUACUCCUGGUUAUCCUCAUUCCUGCUACCAUUAGACUAAUAUUUUGCCCUGGAAGUGUCACCCAUGUUGUAGUUUGUUUGAGUAGAAUGGAUCAGUAUGACUUUAGUGGUAAAUGGGAAGCCUUUAACUUGAAUUAGUCCUGUAAAUUAUUAUCAUUGUCAAGGUUGCAGUGGUGUCUAAAUUGUGUUUUAUGGAAAAUUGUCAUUGUGCUGAUAUUAAAAAAAGAGUUUUAGUACCUUUCUGCUUUGAAUUAAAACUCACUGUUUACCAGCCCCAGUA